GGCGGCGGUGGGCGCUGACGCACGGCGGGGCGGGCACGGCGCUAUAAAGGCGGCGGCGGCGGCGGCGGGGCGGCAGCACCAUGGAGAGCUGCCGGGCGCUGGCGCUGUGCGCCGUGGCGGCCGCGCUGCUGCUGAGCGCCCGCGGACACGGAUCGACCCCGCCGCGCCGCGCCCGCGACCUGGGACCGCCCGGCGGCGGCGGCGGCGCCUCCCGGGAGAAGGAGCUGAUCGAGGCGCUGCAGGAGGUGCUGGAGAAGCUCAAGAGCAAGAGGGGACCGCACUACGAGAAGAAGUUUGGGCAGGUGCCCAUGUGCGACGCCGGGGAGCAGUGCGCCGUGAGGAAAGGGGCUCGCAUCGGGAAGCUCUGCGACUGCCCCCGGGGGACGUCGUGCAAUUCCUUCCUUCUCAAGUGCCUGUAAGCAGACGCGUCCCGGGACAGGCCGCCGGGA